AUGGCGUCUUCAUCAAUCGACCAGAUUCCUUCCGCCGCGGAAACCCUAACAUCCCAGCUUCCGUCCGAUAACACUCCCACCUCCGUCGAACCAAUUCCAUCGUCAGAUUCACAUCCGACUGCUGACGUUCCAAUGGCGUCGUCAUCAAUCGGCGAGCUUACUUCCGUCGCCGAAACCCUAACAUCCCAUCUUCCGUCCGACAUCAGCUCUGCUCCCGUCGAAGCCGUUGGGGAGAAACGGAAGCGCGACGACGAGAAGACCAAUCUCGAAUCGUCUGACCCGAAUCUUACUCCGUCACCGUGGUGGAAGACGAGCCUCUGCUCUUACUUCAGGCGCCAAGGUAAUUGCAGCCAUGGAAGCACGUGCAGGUAUGCUCACGGUGAGGAAGAGCUCCGGCAGAAACCUGAUAAUACGUGGGACCCGACCUCCGAGCGCGGCAAGAAGGCGAAGAUGUCGGAGAAUGCCGGGAAAUGCGAUGCAGAAGAAGAAGAAAGAGAGGUUUUGUUCACGGAGGAUAUGAUGGACGAAAACGAUGGUGAAGAAGGAUGUGGAGAUAGUGUUCAUGAUUUGUCGCUAAGUAAAUGUUUGGUGCAUUUACCCAGAAAAUGGCAAUCAGAUGAUCUCAAAAAGUUUAUCGGAGAGCUGGGAGUUGAAUUUAAGUUUGCAAAGAAAAGACGAGGAAUGAUGGUUGGUUUUCUGACAUUUGAGAAUGCAGAACAAUUGCAGAGCGGUGUGGAGACUUUGGAAGGAAAAGCUGUUGGUCACAAGAAUUUGAAGAUUGCUGAUGUCCUUCCCCGUGCAACCGAGAAGAACCAAACGAAGAAUCCGGCUAAAAUUAAAAGUGCCCGUGAAGCUGUGACUCCAUUGGCAGACCUGUCUUAUGCGGAUCAGCUUGAACAAAAAAAGGCUUCUAUGAUGCAAUGGCUGAAAAAACUUACGAGGAAUGCGCGUAAAGCUUGUCCAAAUGGAAAAUCACUUCCAGAAUGGGUCCUUCAGUCUAGAGAGAUAGGUGGUCUUUCAUGCAAACUCGAAGGCAUUAUAGAAUCACCGGUUAGGAAUGGUUACAGGAACAAGUGUGAGUUUUCGGCUGGAUAUUCUGUUGAGGGGAAGACAACUGUUGGAUUCCUGCUCGGAAAUUUUAGCGCGGGUGUGACAGCAGUCGAGGAGCCUGUGGAUUGUCCCAAUAUCUCUAAAAUUGCUUGCCGAUAUGCUUCAAUCUUUCAGACUUUUUUGGAAAAUUCAAGGCUCCCAGUUUGGAAUAAGUUUAAAAAUUUUGGGUUCUGGCGACAGUUGACGGUUCGCGAAGGGAGAAAACCUGGUGUGAUUUCAAACGGUGAAGAUGCUGAAACAAGCAUUGCAGAGGCUAUGCUUAUUGUUCAGGUUUGUACUACGGGUACUGAUGAGGCAGAAGUGGCAACUGAGUUUGAAGAAAUGGCAAAAGCAUUUGCUGAAGGAGCAAAAGCAAGCUCCCCAACUCUUCCUCUGACUGUAUUACUUGUUCAGGAUCACCAAGGAAUAUCAAAUGUUGCGCCACCAGAUUGUCCACUGCGAUUGCUGCCUAUUCCAAUGUCAGAUAAUGAGACGACAAAUCAGGACCAACCCACCAAUGUCUUGGCUGAAGCUCGGAUUCACGAUCAUAUCAACAACCUUCGGUUCAGCAUAUCCCCAACAGCAUUCUUUCAGGUUAAUACCGGCGCUGCAGAGAAGUUAUAUUCACUUGCUGGAGAUUGGGCUGACCUUGGUCCCGACACCUUACUCUUCGAUGUAUGCUGUGGAACUGGAACAAUUGGGCUUACACUGGCACAUCGUGUUGGAAUGGUAAUUGGCAUAGAAAUGAAUGCCUCAGCGGUAUCAGAUGCCGAACGGAAUGCAAAGAUCAAUGGCCUAAGCAACUGCAAGUUCAUCUGCUCAAAGGCAGAGGAUGUGAUGAGCUCUUUACUUAAAGAGUACCUAGAUGUGUCUCAAAUGGAAGAAGCGAAGCCUCCAAGUAAUGCCAAUGAUGAUCUCGAUAAACAAAUUUCCUCAACAGAAGAAAUGUCAAACUCAGAGCCCGUAGAUGAUCAAAGCUUACCUACUCCAAACAUUCACGAGGAACAUCAAAACAAUGAGCAGAAGGAUUCCUCCUCCUCAGAACCAGAAAGAUCUACGAAACUACAGUUCAAGAACGUAGUUGCUAUAGUUGAUCCACCUCGUCCUGGACUUCAUCCAGACGUAAUCAAAGCUCUCAGAACUCAUCCACGGUUAAGGACGCUUGUGUACAUAUCGUGCAACCCUGAAACUCUAGUGGCAAACGCGAUAGAGCUUUGCACGCCGUCGUUCUUGGAGAAAGCGGAGCAAGGGAAUAACGGUUACCGAAAACAAAGGAGAAUGGGCACUGCCGCUUCAGCUCGACACAGAGCCAAGAAAAUGCCUGCUUCCGAGCCUUUUAGACCUGUCAAAGCCAUGGCCGUUGACAUUUUUCCCCACACCGAUCACUGUGAAAUGGUAAUGCUUCUUAAGAGGUAA